AAAGGCACAAGACAUGAUGAUGAUUAGGGCCCUAAGCACAAGGAAGGAUAGAGGCAGCAGCUACAAGAAGCUCGGUGAGGAAGAAGAAGCAGGUGCUGGGCUUUUAGAAGCAAAACAGCAGAGCGCUGCAGUGAGUAAACAUCAUGAGCAAUCCCAGAAGGUGAAGGUGGAGAAAAGCGGGGGUUCGGUUCACCCUCUUUUUAGUUUCUUCGAUAUGAGUCUAAAGAGGAAGAAGAAGAAGAAGAAAAGCACAAGGACGACAGCAAAACCAGAAUAUGCUAGGUACUUGGAGUAUGUUAAGGAAGGAGGCGUUUGGGAUAACACUUCAAAUGAACCUGUCAUAUAUUACCGGUAAAUCACAGAGGUUGUAUUUGUUUGUUUUCGGUUUGUGAUGAAAAAAAGAAGAAAAAAACUUAUUCCAAUAAUUAAGAAAAAAAAAAAGAAGAUGAAUAAUUUGCCUCUUUUGGUGUGGACUGAUCCAUGUAUUUAAAAUUUACAGUCUAAUAAGAUAAAUCCAUCAUUGGUUUAUCUA